CAGUCUGAAAGAGACGUUUAGGAAGAAAGCAGCCCACCAACAAAACUAUCAGCGCAGACACAAACAUGGCGCCUACCUCCGCCGACAACUUCAGAUGAAAGUGCGGCGAAGAAGUGACCAGCAAAGUUUUAAGGAGUAUUUCGAAGUGGCCUUUUUUGCGUGCCGCCUUGUUUUAAGCUGUUUCGCUUUGCACACAUAGAAAUACGGAAUAUAACAAGCGGGUGAAAACAGCAAGUUGCCUACAUGUCAACAUUGUCUCUCGCUGCAGUGUAAACAGCUGCUACGCCCAGCCAUGAUCGAGGACAAGGGUCACCGUGUGACCGACUAUUUUGUGGUGGCCGGGCUGACAGACAAGUCCACGCCCCUGGAGCAGGAUCUGUCGGAGGCCAAGUCCAGCGGGCCCAAAGCACCCAUCACCGACUUGGCCGUCAUCAACAGGUCGGCAGGAGAAACUGUGCCCGAAGGCUUCACGUGCAUUGACAGCACCUACAGCGGCCAGCCAGCCAACCUUAAUCAUGGCAGCCUGAAGAGCCCCGAGCUGUUCCUGUGCUACAAGAGGGGUCGAGGGAAGUCUCCUCUCAUUGACAUAGGUGUGCUGUAUGAGGGUAAGGAGCGUCUGAUCCAGGGCUGCGAGGUCAUCCAGGCCACGCCAUACGGCCGCUGCGCAAACGUCAACAACAGCUCCGCCACCUCGCAGCGCAUCUUCAUCACCUUACGCCGUGCACCACCCGUCCAGCCUCAGAACUCCCUAGCAGUGACGGACAUCUGUGUCAUUGUCACGAGCAAAGGCGAGACGCCACCACAUACUUUCUGCAAGGUGGACAAGAACCUCAACUGUGGCAUGUGGGGCUCCAAUGUGUUCCUGUGUUACAAGAAAUCAGUAUCUGCGUCCAACUCCAUCAGCUACAAAGCUGGUCUUAUCUUUCGUUACCCAGAAGAGGACUAUGAGUCUUUUCCUCUGUCAGAAUCUGUCCCUCUGUUUUGUUUGCCCAUGGGUGCCAAGAUUGAGUGUUGGGCACCAAACACACGUGACCCUCUGCCUGUCUUCUCCACAUUCGUCUUAACCAUCUCUUCUGGUGAAAAGGUGUACGGCUCAGCCAUCCAGUUCUACGAGCCGCAUCCAAUAGAUCAGUUGAGCGAGAAGCAGAAGAUCCAGCUUGGCUUGCUCACUACAGUGGAGAAGAAGAUGAUCCCCAACCGGCCUGUAAACACCAAUAAAUGCAUCUGCCUGCUGUCCCGCUGGCCCUUCUUUGAGUCCUUCCGCAAGUUCCUGAUGUUCCUCUACAAGCUGUCCGUCUCAGGCCCACACCCACUGCCUAUUGAAAAGCACAUCUCACACUUCAUGCACAAUGUGUCAUUUCCUUCCCCCCAAAGGCCGCGAAUAUUAGUCCAGCUCUCUGCACACGACACCUUGAUCCUCUCCCAGCCUGUGUGCACACCCUUACCCCUCAGCGGGGCGGACUACGGCACUCUGCUGAUGAAUCUGGGCGCCGAGAACUGCGCCACACUGCUGCACUUUAUCCUGCUGGAGAGCAAGAUCCUCCUGCACUCACUCCGGCCCGCUGUUCUCACCGGAGUGGCCGAGGCUGUUGUGGCUAUGAUCUUCCCCUUCCAGUGGCAGUGUCCCUACAUCCCGCUGUGUCCUCUCUCUCUAGCAGGCGUCCUCAACGCUCCUUGUCCAUUCAUCGUGGGCGUGGACUCCCGCUACUUCGACCUUUACGACCCCCCACCAGAUGUUGUCUGUGUAGAUCUGGACACCAACACUAUCUACCUGUCUGAUGAGAAGAGACACAGCAACUGGAAGAACCUCCCAAAGAAGCCUUGCAAGAGUCUCAUGAACUCACUGAGCAACUUGCACCACCAGCUGGCCACAGUUUCAGUACGUCAAACAGCACAGGAGAACUCAGCAGUGGACAUGACCCCCAUCGAGGCAGACUUCACCUGGCACAAAAAGAAGACAGCCCUGGAGAUGGAAAUCCAGGAGGCCUUCCUUCGCUUCAUGGCCUCCAUCCUGAAGGGCUACCGCUCCUACCUCAAACCCAUCACCCAGGCACCUUCCGAAAAGGCCACGGCUGCAGACUCCCUCUACGACCUGCAAGGGUUUCUCAAAAGCAGAGAUCGAGCCCACCAGAAGUUCUACUCCCAGCUCACCAAGACCCAGAUAUUCAUCCGCUUCAUUGAGGAGUGCACCUUUGUCAGUGACAAGGACACUGGCCUGGCCUUUUUUGACGACUGUGUCGAGAAGCUUUUUCCCUCUGAUAAAAUCACCGACAAGGGCACUAAGGUUGAAGGAGAAUCAUCUGAGGACACCAGAUUGUUGGAGCUGGACGAGUCACAGAAGAGCGAACACACUGUUUUUGUCAUGCCCCCUGAACCUCCGGUUGAUGCUGGAACUGAACCUGUGCACAGAUACACCUAUAAAAGUUUCCCCAGGCUGCAUAUGGAGCUGUUUGACCGUCCUCUGGAGUUACGUCCAGCACUCAGCAGCAGAGCAUUAGGGGCCAGUCUGUCUAGCAGCCCUGCACUACUGGCUAAGAGGACAAAACAGGAGAUUAAGCUAGCAUACAAGAUGGCAAAGCGUUUCUACUCCAACCCUCCGCUGUGGGCUCGUUGUCUGUUCAGUCACUGCUAUAGCCUGUGGUUCAUCUGCCUGCCAGCAGCCGUGAGACUUUCCAAAUCUAAAAGCCGUGCCAUGCAACAGGCGUACAACGUCCUCCUGAAGAUGAGGACCAAUGAGGUGGAGGUGCUGGAUGAGGUGUGUUACAGAGUGGUGAUGCAGCUCUGUGGUGUGUGGGGUCUUCCUGUCAUGGCUGUGCGAGUCCUGGUUGAGAUGAAGAAAGCUGGAGUGCAUCCCAACGCCAUCACAUAUGGAUACUACAACAAGGCCGUCUUAGAGAGCCCGUGGCCGAGCAGGAACCGUAGUGGCCUCUUCAUGUGGACCAAGCUUCGAAAUGUGCUUCGUGGAGUUUCUCAGUUCAAGCAAGCCUUAGACCGAACAUCUUCCAAGAAGGCACCCACGCUUAAUACCACAGCUGCAUCAGUAAGUGGGUCAACGGUCACUGACACUGACCGCUUGAGUCAUGGAAGCGCUGACAGCUCAAGUGAGGUUAACGGUGAGGAGCACAACCUAUUUGUCCACAGCCACGGCAUGGAAGACACAGCAGACAACCACUGUAACACAGGUAGGCAGUCUGAUCAAGGCUACGGCUCCAAGGAUGAGUUACAUCAGGAGCUGGCAGAGUCUUCGCAUGCAGCUGUCCUCGCCACUGAAGAGCGAAACAAUUCCAAAGCACAGCAUAAUGGAGGUGACAUUGCCGGCUCAGUGGAUAGUGCUGUAGCAGUAGUGGAGCCCUCCAGUCCUGGUGAGAUGCACUCUGUUCCCAGUAUUGUGAGGCUGUCCACGGGGAGCUUUGAUGGUGGCAGGGAAACAGGUACAGGGAAGCUGUUCAGGAGACACAGCAAGAACGAUAACGUCUCCCUCCCUGAUGAUGACGCCUCGCUGCCAUCAGGGGAUGUAGCCAGCCAGUCUCAACAGCAGCGGCAGAAAUCCUUUGCGGAACGCAGCUGUAGCUUCAGCGCUGAAACCCGUGCUGGGAUGCUCCUAGAGAAAGGAGUGGACCACAUGGCCAGUCAGAUGGGUGCUGAUGCCCGUAUCCUGGCCGCAGCGCUCUGUGCAGGCCAAAGUCCACCCCCUUAUAGUGUGUCCAAAGCACUAUUUAAAGACCUGGAGGAGGAGCCUGAGGAUGAUCAGGGCUUGACGCUGGUGAAGCUGCCAGAGGAAGAGGGGCCAGAAGACCCAGAAGAAGGGAAGGAAGAUGAAGAAGAGGAAGAGCCCACUGAGUUAAAAAUGGAGAAACGUGAGAGGAAGCACACUGAAACCAACGAGAUGGACUCUGGGUUGCGAGUGCCGACCCUGGAGAGGGCGGACGUGGAGGCGGGUGCAGACCCACUCUCCCUCCUUGUGACCGAGAGCGAAGAGUCAGCGUCUGUCACCAGCCAGGAGCCGCCACGCUCCUUGCCAGUUGUGGUGUCCCGCAACCUGGCGGAGGAGAUCGAAAUGUACAUGAGUCUGAGAAGCCCCCUGGGUGUGAAGUCCUCCAGCAUGGAGCUACAGCAGGCCCAGGCAGACUCCACUGACUCUCCACAGCCCAAACAGUCUAUGGAGCGCAGGUCCAGCCUCCCAGUGCCUCCUGUCAAAACUCCAACUGGCUCCCCAGGAGAUACACCCAAACGCAGCCCCAACACCGUUACUCGCUCCAAGACUUUCGCUGCAAAGACAAAGACCCCAGGCAGCACAACGGGCAGCCCAGGUCCUAGAUCAUCUUCACUGACAGCGCUGGUCAAGUCCUCCCAGGGAGGGUCGUUGGGCUCCGUCAUCAACUCCAUUUCAGGCAUUAAGAUGGACACCCUCUUGUCUGGACCUAAAAUUGAUGUGCUGAAGUCGAGCAUGAAACAGGCGGCAAAUGUGGCUAGCAAAGUGUGGGGGGCAGUAGCUUCAGCGUAUUCCUACUCAGAUGAUGAGGAUGAACUCGCUCAGGGUGGUGGCGGCUUCCCAUCCCAUCUGGAUGAAAACAUGCUGGCUGCACAUGAAGGAGAUGAGAGUCCAGAGAGAGGAGCCAUCCCUGGGUUGGUGGCCAACGGUCUCAACCAGAGCUGCACCAGCCUGGGCAGUAGCAGUGGCAGCAGUGACACGGGCCGAGGGACCCAGCAGACACAUCCAACUCCAGGACGAGCAGGCAGGGGUCCUGACUCCGAGCAAGGUUCCUCACAUCACGCUUCCUCCUCGAGCAUUUACCAGAACUGUGCACUGGAGGUGCUGAUGUCAAGCUGCUCACAGUGCCGUUCGUGUGAAGCCCUGGUAUAUGAUGAGGAGAUAAUGGCGGGCUGGACAGCUGAUGACUCCAACCUGAAUACCAACUGUCCUUUCUGUCGCACAGCCUUUCUUCCCUUACUGCACGUCGAGUUUCAUGAUUUGCGCACAGUGACCGGCUUCUACAUGAAUCCCAGUGCCUCGGGAGACAGUAUCCACAGCAGCAGUACGCAGCCCACAGCCAGCAGCUCUGCUGACAUUAAGGCACCAGACCUGAUCUCUUUCCCUGAAGAGGAAUCUAGAGAGACUCCAGAUAAUCUGCCUGGAACACAUAAAAGUCUGAUUCCAGAGCCGGUGCAGUCAGACCCCUUAGGUCUCCUGGAGCACCAGGCAGCAGGGAAGCAGCAAAGAUGCAGUGGGACGUCACUGACCCGCAGCAACAGUGUUGGAGGCCCUCUGCAGAGCCUGGACUACUCCCAGAGACCCGGACACGGUGUCUCCACUACCAGCCUGCCCUGCAGCCUGCAAGAGAUGUCGGAUGGCAUGGGGGCUAAACGGCCGAACCCCAAGCCUGUGUCCGUACCGUACCUUAGUCCAUUGGUGCUGCGCAAGGAGCUGGAGACCCUGUUGGAGAAUGAGGGAGAUCAGGUGAUCUACACCCACAAGUUCCUCAGCCAGCACCCAAUCAUCUUCUGGAACCUGGUCUGGUAUUUCCGUCGCCUGGACCUGCCCACUCACCUACCUGGUCUCAUCCUUACAUCUGAACACUGCAACAAAGGAGUGCAGCUGCCACUGACGUCACUGUCCCAGGACAGUAAGCAGGUCUAUGUCCAGCUACUGUGGGACAACAUCAACCUGCACCAGGAUCAUGGAGAGCCCCUCUACCUGCUCUGGAGGACCUUGUUGGAGAAGAAGGGGACGCUGGCUCCGACAGACCACCAGGAGAUUCGUACUCUCCUCAACACAAUUGUUCGCAACAUCCAGACCAACGACGUCUACGGGCCAAUCAACCUGCUGAUCCGAGAGAUCAAACGGCGCCCAGAGGGGGUCAAACGGCAGAGGAGUAUCUACAGAGAAAUAUUGUUCCUCUCACUUGUGGCCCUGGGGAAGGAGAACAUCGACGUAGAGGCCUUUGACAGGGAGUACCGCCAGGCUUACGACCAACUGAGCACCGAGCAACUCAAGUCUUUGCACCGCAUUGAUCGACCGCCCAUCCCCAGCGUCCAGUGGUGCCUAAAAUGCUUUGGGGCCCCCAUCAUCUGACCACAAAGAGAUAAAAUCUGACUGAAGUGAAACAGCAGGAGGGAAGGAUAGGUGGCGGUGCGCAGUGUGAGCACAAAUAUUUUUUAUUCAAACACCUCCAAAUUGCCCAAACAUGGUACUACUUCUUCUUCUUCUUCUUCUUCUUCUCCUUCUCCUUCUCCUUCUCCUUCUUCUUCUCCUUCUUCUUCUUCUUCUUCUUCUUCUUCUUCUUCUCCUUCUUCUUCUUCUUGUCUUGGAAGAUGUCCUUCGUCUUCUUUUUUUUUUACAACCGUAUAAUGCUUUUCAUCAGCUUUCCAAGCAGUUACUUACAGAUGGGACUGUUUGUGUAAAUGGCUUGGAAAGCUGCAGUGAAUGUUAUGGGAGUAGUUGAGGUGUAUUUCUUUUCAGAUGGUGUAUAGAAUGAUUAAUCACUGUACAGAAUGUAUUGACUGCCCUUAUGGUGUAGACAUCUGUUUGUGUCACUUCCCUGUUCCAUAGCCUUUUGCCCAUUUUGCUUAAAUCUUUCCUAAUUGUCCCCACAUUACAUCAGUCUGAGUUGUUUGAGACUGUGUACAUACCCUGACUUUUCCUCUGUGCACUUUCUAAAAAAACAAAAAGAAAAAAGCAGUAACUCAAGCCCACCUGUCUUUUUGUAAAUAUUGUUUACCUGGUGUAAAUCUGAAACCAGGGUUGCCUUUUUUUGGAGGCAACGAGUCUCGAUACCUUGACUGUUUGUGUGAUCCAAGUCUUAAUGAAUGUUAAAGUUUGUUUCAUUGUAAAUGUACAGGUUCAGAGCGCUGCUCUCUGUCUGUGUAAAUAUGCAUUGGAAGCACACGUUUAAAUGGGAGAGGACAAUCACUAACUAUCAAUCACUAAAUCUGCAACAUUCCAGAUGCCCUGCAAUUAAAACCAGGUCUUAAAGGAGUAUUAUUUAUCUCUGCAACAGCCACAGCCAAUUGGAGGAAGAGAUUAUAAAAGAAAUAUAUCAAUGGGAAGUGAAAAGGCAUGCCGCACUACUGAUUCCCACACUUUGAAGCAAAGACGUGUUCUGUUGCAGGGAGACAGGUGAGUGCCUCGGUGACAGAGCAGUCAGUUCAACUUGUGUUUUUAAUAUCUGCAUUUUUUAACAGUAACAAACCAUACUUGUUCAGCUAAUAUGCCUUAUAUCCUAAUGUUAAAUUAGAACUGUAACUCACAUGUACUGGGGCUAUUUCUUACUUUAGCCACCAGUCGUUUUUAAAAAUUGGGUAAACUGUUUGCAGACAAGAUUGCUUUUAUAGUUUACACACAGUAGCUUCAGAAGAUAUUGGUAGCAAUUAGAGCUUUAUACUGCAAAGGGCUUCUUCAGUACUGCUGACAACAUGACAUUCCACUAAAAGCUAAAACAGACAGAAGAAAGCAAAGUGCUGUGAUGACUGUUGGGGGAAAUGGGUGUAGACUUGGGAGAGUGACUUGUACAGAAGCGAUAAUAUAUUUGCACUGCACAGAUGAAAAGCUGAUGUUAACCCAGGGUGAGGAUGAGACCACCUAGAAAAUAUCGAUUACAUAGUUUAUCCUCUAAAACAUAAAGAAAUUCUCAAUUAUUUAUUUUUCUAUCAUUGACAUUUGGAUUGCAGACAGUGUAACUCAGCUUUUUUAUGACUAACAAUCCCCCUUCUCCUUGAAAUCUGUCUUAAGGGAUCCCAUAAUGUACUGACUUUGUAAAUUUGACCUCCUUAUGACAGAGGAUGUACAGAAGAGACUGUUGUUUAACAAUAGAUUCAUUGAUCUCUUACCGUCCUGUGGAAAGGAAUUGAAUGUCAACACUUAAGUGCGCUGCAAUAAAUGAGUUUGUGAACUGAUUGAAAACAAAA